AUGAAUUCAAACGGACACUUUUCGAAUGCUCACUAUUCAAAUCAAGAAAAUUUUGAUUUUUCAAUGACGGGGAAUUCCCAUCAAUAUUGGAUGAACCCAGAUCAGAAUACGUGGAUUUACGGAUACAAUAUGGAACAACAAAUGGAACAACCAGUCAUUAAUCAAUGGAAUAUGCAGAAUUUCGGACAUCCAACGAAUUUGAAUUAUGAGCAAUAUGGAAAUCCAAAUAACACAAUUGGUCCAGAAUUUUACCACGGAUUGAAUAAUUUUUAA